GGCCAAACGAGUAAUGCUCCAUUAUAAAAUCGACACAUCAAAAUCAGUAAUAAGACGCAAAGGAUUCCUCUGAAUCCACGUUCUUUACAACUCAGAUUCAAUCUCUUUCAUUUUUCUCCAUUAAUAACUAAGACAGCAGGAAAUUCAGAUAGCUCUCGUCGCUCAACCAUGGCUUCUCUCAGUUUCAACUUUACCCCUGUUGCUGGUAAGAACAGAAGCUCUUUUGCUGGCUUCGUUCCGACUCGUCGUCACCCUUACCCCACUCUGUUUCGACCCACAAGAGGUGGGUUCCGGGUCUUAGCAUCUCGGGCUGAAGCAGAACCUGAUUUGAGUGUAACGGUCAAUGGGUUGCAAAUGCCUAAUCCUUUUGUUAUUGGGUCGGGUCCACCGGGUACCAACUAUACUGUCAUGAAGAGAGCCUUUGAUGAAGGUUGGGGUGCCGUGAUUGCCAAAACUGUGUCACUAGAUGCGGCUAAAGUUAUCAAUGUGACCCCACGAUAUGCCCGGUUACGCGCUGGUGCAAAUGGUUCACCGAAAGGGCAGAUCAUUGGGUGGGAGAACAUAGAGCUCAUAAGUGAUCGUCCUUUUGAAACAAUGCUGAAAGAAUUUGAGCAAUUGAAAAAAGAGUAUCCAGAUAGGAUUCUUAUUGCUUCUAUUAUGGAGGAGUAUAACAAAGCUGCUUGGGAGGAACUUAUUGAUCGAGUUGAACAGACUGGAGUUGAUGCAAUUGAGGUCAAUUUCUCGUGCCCUCAUGGCAUGCCAGAGCGUAAAAUGGGUGCAGCAGUUGGGCAAGAUUGUGUGCUAUUAGAAGAGGUUUGUGGGUGGAUAAAUGCAAAAGCUACCAUUCCAGUAUGGGCAAAGAUGACUCCCAACAUCACUGACAUCACACAGCCAGCCAAAGUGGCUCUGAGUUCAGGGUGUGAAGGGGUUUCUGCAAUUAAUACCAUCAUGAGCGUUAUGGGAAUCAAUCUCAAUACAUUGCAUCCAGAGCCAUGUGUUGAGGGAUACUCAACUCCUGGGGGAUAUUCAGCCAAGGCAGUCCACCCUAUUGCCCUUGGGAAAGUUAUGAGCAUUGCCAAAAUGAUGCAAUUAGAAUUUACUGACAAUGAUUAUUCACUUUCUGCCAUUGGUGGCGUUGAGACAGGUGGUGAUGCUGCUGAAUUUAUUCUUCUUGGAGCAAAUACCGUGCAGGUAUGCACUGGUGUUAUGAUGCACGGUUAUGGCCUUGUGAAGAAACUUUGUGAUGAGCUGAAGGAAUUCAUGAAAAUGCACAAUUUCUCAUCAAUAGAAGACUUCAGAGGUUAUUCUCUUCAGUAUUUUACGACUCACAUGGAUCUAGUACGAAGGCAGCAAGAAGCAAUUCAACAGAGAAAAGCUGUGAGGAAAGGAUUGAAGUCUGAUAAAGACUGGACAGGGGAUGGAUUUGUGAAUGAGAGUGAAAGCAUGGUUUCUAAUUGAAAUGUUGUAUUACAGAAACAGCACAUAAGGCCCUUCUUCUUGUAUGAUCAAAAUAAAUGAGGGACAUUUGAACUUGUGAAUCUUUGAGGUAAAGCUUGUUCUUCAAUAUUUUAUAAAAAAAAUAAAAAAAGAAGUGGACUUGUUGUACUAUUAUUUGUA